AUGCAUGAAAUACUGACCAUUGCCAUUGGGCACAGGCCGAAUCACUUAGCUACUCAGUUCUUCAACUGCCAAGAAGAGCUCUUAUCCAACUUGAGUGAAAAAGUCAAUGACCCAUCCAUAUUCCUACAACCAACUAUCGACAGAAUCUCCAAGACAGUUUCAUAUGCACCUCGAGGUUUGCUUUGGGAUGCCAAGGCUGGAUUCGGUGCUCUGGCCACUUACCAGUACCAUGGAUCCGGUGAUUAUUACUACGCUGAUAACGCUAGCCAAGAACUCCAAUCCGAAAUGAUAAUGACCCAACCAAGAAUUGCGAAAGCUGAAUAUCAGUCAGCACUAGACUCAGGAGUUGAUGAACUUCCUAAAUUAAGCCCCGAGACGACCAAGUAUUGGUCAGACUACGCAAAACUCAUCUACCCAGCAACAAGUUUUAAUAGUUUGGCUGACUGGUAUCACGAUGUCUCCAAUCCGAAUUUACCUCACUUCCAAAAGUUUGACAGCAGAAGAUUCGAUAAUUUUGAGAUAGGCUACCAGGAAUUUGAUGACAAUUAUGCUAACGACUUUCUCGAUGGUAAUCUGCAUGCCCAAUUGGAGCAGUGUGACACUUUGCAGGGUUUUAACAUCAUUACUGAUAUGGACAGCAGCUGGGGAGGCUUUGCCUCUUCGAUGCUUCUCGAAUUGCGAAAUGAGCUGCCGAAGGCUUCGUUCAUCACCUGGGGUUAUUACCAAGCCGACCCAUUGACAGCCCAAGAUCCAGCUUCUGCAAGACUAACCAAACGCAACAUCGAAACUUUACAAAACAAGAUUCGUAGCACUGUUGGUUUAUCAGAGGAAUCAGACCUUGUCAUUCCCUUAUAUGCGGAUGAACAGCUAUCGAACUGGGAGCAGGCAGGUCUGAGUUGCAAAAUCUUUGAUACUGUGAAUGCUCUCGCUUCACAGUCAAAUCCGCAGCAGAGGCGCUCAUUAGAGGAUAUAAUUUCUUGCCUCACUCUGAGCGACGUUUCCAGAAAGUUCGUUUCGUCGAUAUUAGGAGCUGAGCCAGUCGACAGCUCCUUCUUCUCCAGAGUUGCCUUAGCGAGAAGUCAACCUGUCCAUCAACAUGUUUUCAAUUCAUGUCGCAUCUCCAGGUGUUCACAACCGCUUGCAGCAACACCCAAUUCUGAAGACAAGACAAUGAAGACUUAUGCGUACUAUCCAUCUGAUACAAUACCCGAGCAGUACAGCCAAGAGCGAUCCUUUACAAUUGAGUUUUCUUCCACUGAAAUAGCUAGGAAUGUCUUUAUGCAAUACGAGGAUGUUGUCAGUAAAUACUUCCGCCACGAUUCUGAUAGGGAAGAAUUGAAAGACAAAUUAGCCUCAAUGAAGUCCUGUUACGAGUACGGUUGGUACGAUGACGAAUUUUCUGACGAUGAUAUGUGA